AUGGGCCGUCGCAUUUCUAGUACCAAGAAGACGACUGCGGCAGACUGGUCGAUACCGCGGAGAAGCAGACAAUACACGCGGACUACGGUCUCGGAGGCAAAGUGGAUCAGCAGCAUGUUGUCCCACAACGGCAGCAGUAUUUCGAGAAGCGGACGAUUGCAGCCGCAGUCGCAGCCGCAGCCGCAGCCGAAUUCGGCUCCAGUCAAGCGGAGGAGACGGACAGGUCACGGCAAUGGCCCUGAUGCGCGGUCAUGCCCUCAUUGUGGUCGGGCAUUCAAACGUACCGAGCACUUGGAGCGCCAUGUACGAACUCACACUAAGGAGAAGCCCUUCAUCUGUCCGUGUGGAGCUGCCUUUGCCCGGCGUGACCUGUUGACUCGCCAUCAGCGCAUUGCCCUUCAUGAGGAUGGGUCUGAGUCUCCAGACGGCCCCUCCGAGCCGGACUCCGGGGAACAACAUCCCGGCCCAGUCGAGGCUGACCUGGCCGCCGCCGUCUCCCUCUCGGGCAUGAGUGUGCACCACUGGUCGCAGCAGCCACCAGCACCGCCGGCUGAGCUGUAUCCCAUGGCGGUGUCAAGGAACGGCACUCUUGUGGAUGAAGCUCCGUACCAACAGAGUCUCCUGGCAGAGUCCUUUUACGAGAACGUCAACCAAGAUGCCGUGGGCUUUGACGCCCAUUUCAGAGAAUUUGCCAACUUCCUUGACGGCGUCGGUCUGCCAGCGGAAUGGAGCCCUUACUUUCAUCGCCCUGACAGAGACAACGAGCUCAUUGACCCGACAAUCAGGGACUCGAGAGGAGGCAGCGCCACGCCUGGGGCUCGUCACAGCAGAACUCGACCCGGGACGCCCUUCAGCUCAUGGCUACCCUCAGCGCCGACUGGCAACCGCAUAUCAGAGACCUUGCCCGACGCAAACUCUCGCUCUGUUGACAGUGACUCCCAGCCGUACCGCAUUUCGGAGGAGCAGCGAUUUCGUCUCAACGCCAUCAUCGAGACAUUCCGCGAUAUCCUCGAUCCCACCUUUAGGUUCCCUUCCCGCCAUGCCCUCACACGGUACAUGACGUCCUUUUUCGAAGGCUUUCACUCUCACAUGCCCUUCAUCCACAUGCCGACCUGGCGGGUAUCUGAGCAUUCUGUUGAAGUUGUUCUGGGCAUCGCAGCUAUUGGCGCACAGUACUGCUUCGAGCACCGCAUGUCCGAGAGACUCUUUCACACAGGAAAGGCUAUUCUCAUGCAGAGACUAGCACGCGAGUCCGACAAAUUUGGCCCAAAGACCGGAUCUUUCCUCCACCUUCACAGUCUAUCGCCCCAACAGCGCGAAUCGAGAGCCGUCCCGGACCGAGACUGGGGUUGGUGGGAGCCCAUCGAGACAGUACGAGCUCUGAUUGCUCUCAUGGGCUACGCUACCUGGGAACCCAGCGUCCGGCUUGUGCAGGAGGCAUUCGCCCUGCAGGCGCUUCUGGCGCAAGUACUGCGUGAGAUCGGUCUCCACGAAGAGGAUCUGCCCCAGCUUCCUGCGGACCAGACCACCACGCAGACCGCCUGGCACGCCUGGGUACGACAGGAGUCGGUGCGACGAGCUAAGCUGAUAGCUUUCUCCUUCAUGCACACACACAGCAUCGCAUACAACGUGUAUCCCGUGCUGCGCAGUAACGAGGUAGGCCUUCGACUGCCUUGCUCGACUGGGGAGUGGAAGGCGCAAACAGCACAACAGUGGCAGGCCGCUCGACGUGAGACUGGAAAACAGCAGCUCUUGUUCCAAGAUGCUUUGUCUCUCCUGUUGCGAAACACGGAUGGUACAGCGCCCCUCGACCCGAUUCCGACCCCCCUGGGAAACUACUUACUCUUGCAUGGCCUGUUGCAAAGGAUCUACAUUGUCCGUGACCUAUCUUUGCCGGUAAUGGACCAUUCGGCAUCACUUCCAAUUGAAGAAGUCGAUAAGCUUGAACGCGGCCUGCGCUCAUGGACCGCGGGUUGGCAACAAGCCCCUGAAUCAAGUCUUGAUCCCAACAACGAGAACGGCCCCAUUCCCUUCACUUCCAGCUCCUUACUCGGCCUAGCCUACGUCCGCAUCUACCUUCACCUCGGCCCAUAUCGAAUGCUCGAGUCGCGAGAUCCAAUACGCAUUGCCAAUGCAAUUAGUCGGUCUCCUGCAGUGGAACGCAGCAGCGGUGUCAUCACUGCACUCCUGUACACCGCCCAUAUGCUCAGCAUCCCAGUCAGGCUUGGUGUUGACCGUGUAGCUCGGAGCCAGGCAUUCUUCUGGAGUGUCCGGCAUUCUCUCUCGGGCCUUGAAUGCGCCGUGCUGCUCAGCAAGUGGCUCUCAUCGCUUACCGAGUCUACGGCCGCAACACCGCUAAAUGAUAGCGAGGACCGAAUACUACAUUGGGUUCGAUGUAUCGUAGAAGAGGCAUACGACGUCGUCGACUUUGAAGACGAAGAGCCUGACAUCCGGACGGAGCGGGACCCUGCUUCGCUCAGCCGAGCCGUUCUCAAGAUCUGGGCACAUUUCUUCAAGAGCAACACACAGUGGCCAUUCAUCAACAUUAUCGGCAAGAGCCUAGAGAAGUACCGAGAGCUGCUCAUUCGAAACAGUCUGCAACAGGUUCCCUAA